AUGCCGAAAGAUCCUAUUUUCAAAGGCGUAGGAGACCAGAUAGAAGAGAUCCCUCUUAGCUCCAUUCAAGCAGUCGACGGGAUAUCCCUAACGAGAGCCGAUAUGAGCGUACUAACGUCAUACAAUAUUCUCGCGAAAAGACUUAAGACGAUCGUGGUACCAGGUUUUCCGUCUGUCUGGACGCCCGCAAAUGCACCAAAGAACAUCAAACCAGAUGCAGGGCUGCUUUUCAGAGCUUUGCGCAUUAUUAAGCCAGCGAUGAAACUGAACGACAUCAAUCUUAUCACGGACCGACGGAACCUCCAACUGCUGCUGGGCUUUAUAGGUGGCAGCAUAAGCUCAUUCCGUGUUGGAGUAGAUGCAAAAACAUAUGUCAACAAGUUCCAAGGAUACGGCCACGAGUUUAAAAAGGUCUAUACCCGCCGACCAAGUGGCGUCGAGGAUAGCAUUACCCAUAAUCGGGCGAUUUGCUAUACGCUUAGAGAUGUGAAAAUCAUUCUCCGAUAUGAGGUUGACGGCUGCAUUCACUCUAAGAGAGAAUGGCACAAAAACAUAAAAUCAUCAGAUGGGGACAUAACCCCAAUAGGAUUCAGGGUUAUCAAAUGGGGGAAGUUGGCCGAUCCGUCCCGAAUAAUUAAAAUAAAGACGGGCUGUAUUGGAAGAAGUCUGGACAACUCGAAGAAUUUAGAACAGCUUUGGUUUGCCAACACACCCAUUCUUUGUGCUGGAAAGUAUGAUGAGUUUGGUAGCUUUACAGAUAUCUCCGAAGAGAACUCUUUACUUCGACUUCUUGUGAAUUUAGCGCUCUCGUCGGAAGGGAAGUUAAAAGUAUUCGAAGUGUUUAAUCAAAAUAAAAAAGGACUGCCUGCCGACCUGAAAUCUCUCUGGGCCUAG